ACACCGUCGCUUCUGUGGCCUUUUUUUCCCUUCCAUCCCCACUUUACCCCCCAUCAUCUCGCACAAUGGCUAUCCACUACUUGAUUUUGCUGUCCCGCCAGGGCAAAGUGCGCCUUGCCAAAUGGUUCACCACCCUGUCGCCUAAGGAGAAGGCCAAAAUCAUCAAGGAUGUGACCCAGCUGGUUCUGUCUCGUCGCACCCGCAUGUGCAACUUCCUCGAGUACAAAGAUACCAAGGUCGUCUACCGUCGCUAUGCCUCGCUGUUCUUCAUCGCCGGAUGCGCCUCCACCGACAACGAGUUGAUCACCCUUGAGGUCGUGCACCGAUACGUCGAGCAGAUGGACAAGUACUACGGAAACGUGUGCGAGUUGGAUAUUAUCUUCAACUUCCAGAAGGCCUACUUUAUCUUGGAUGAGCUCUUGCUGGCAGGAGAAAUGCAGGAAAGUAGCAAGAAGAAUGUGUUGCGGUGCAUUAGUCAACAGGACAGCCUGGAAGAUAUGGAGGUUGAGGAAGAUGUGGUUACGAAGCUGAUGUAGCGCGCGAUUACUGUCACCACCUGAGCGUUCCUGUGUUUCUAUCUAUCGUUGGAAGAUCGCUUUUUCUUUUUCUCUUUGGGGUAUAUUUUGCGCUGCUUGGACCGACGGCGUUGGACGUACAUAGGCGUUUGCUAUCAUUGCGACCUCAGACUAAUUAAUACCACAUUGACUCCUACCAGG